GAGCAGCAGCUGCCGUGGGGGCUGCUGCUAGGACAGUACCUGGAAGCUAAUGAAGAUGAGCCUGGCCCCCGCUGAGGCUGGGGUGGGGCCUCGGGGCCUUCCUGCUACUCUGUUAAGAGGGGAGGAAGCCAAGCAUAUAUCUGGGGAACCUGCCUAGAUUCACCAGGGACUUGGGGGUGGGACCGGGGCCCAUCUCCCAGAGCGAAGAGCCCCACUUCUCUUGUCCCAUUGCAGGAUAUCGCCCGGAUCCAGCUGAGGCCCCAGCUUCUCUGCUCUCAGAUUCAUACAUGUUAGGGUCAGAAGGGACCUCAGUAGAUCAUCUCGUGGUAACCCUCGCUCCAAGAAUGCCCAUGGACGCUAGUGGCUUGGGCAUUGGAAGGGCCGUGCGAGUAGCUGCACCCAUACCUGCGGUUUGGGGUGUUUAGGCGCUUGCUCGCUGGCUGGUGGCAAUGUUGGGAGCCCCAGGCAGGCCGGAGCCCUGUGCGCUGUUCUGGUGGUGGCUGUUGGUGCCGCAGGCGAUUGGGACAGAGGAAAAGUCUCGCUGGCAACAGGAAAGCAGUUAACCCAGGCAGGCUGUUGCAACCCACCUCGGGCUCUCUCGGGAGAUGCCCCUUCUCUGCCAGCACAGCUUAGACGGGCCUGCUGCAGCCUCCCAGAGCCAGGGCCGUCGGGGGUGGGGGAGUCUAGCCAGCCCUGCACCUGCCUUCCAUUGUGCUAGGAGUUCACUUGCUGUGGGGAUCUGCUGCCUCAGCCCACACAGGUUUAACUUGCUCUGGGUGGCAGCAAGGGACACCGUCUCUCCUCGCCCACAGAGGUCAGGUGUGUGAGAGCCUGGCUCCAGGAAUGACCUUGACCCCCGCUCAGCUGCUGGGCUGGCGCUGCCUUGGCGCUCCCGCAGCCCCUUGUGGAACGGAAGGGGGUGGAUGGUAGGGGAGGAGGUGCAGUUGGCUGCACUUCUCAUUGCCUGGUGGCUCCUGAUUUUGCUCAUCAGACCUGGCUGGUCAGGUGCGUUCGUAGUAGCGGUGGCUCAGUUCACAGCAGCUGCGUUGCACCCAGAAGCGGGUCCUUUCGGAGGUCUGGGCUGCAGCUGGGGGCUGGCGGAGUGAGCUUUGACCUACUAGGAAUUGGUUCCCUAGCCAGCAGGGAGACCCGGGGUGAGCGAAGGAAGCUGGAUGGACCUGGGCUCCUUGAAGCUGCUUGCUGCUGAUUGGUGGGUGUUAGCCCAUCAGAUCCCAGUGCUGGACACCCUGGAUUUAGCAGGUGUGAGCAGCAUGGGGACAGCAUGCGUCUGUCCCAGCUGGGAUCCUGGAUCCUUCCUAGCUUCUCAUUAGGUGUGGUUGUGCCUAGGGGCCACCCCGGGAUGCUGCUCAGUGCUGGGAGAGUCAAGCAGCCUGGUACCAGGGAGCUCACAGAUGAAGGAAGGGCUGAGGCCAUUGUGGGGCAGGACCUCACUUCCGGGAUGGGCCCAUGGUGCUUCGCUGCCUGCUGUAAUGAAUUGGGGAGGCAUUGAGCUCUAGAGUCAGCUCGUGCUCCAGGGCUGUCUUGCUCUCCCCAUGACAGGCAUCCCUGCCGGGAUUGGGGGGCCUCUUGAAAACUAGCCGCGAGCCUCUGCCUUGGCUUCCCUUAGGAGGGGAUGCGGAUGCAGGAGUUGGGAGAUGAGGACAGAGCGAGUCUUCGCAGCAGGGUGGUGAGCUGGUUGGUGUAUGUGGUCUACCCACCUUCACCACCUGGGAGACUGGGCCCCUUGGCGGCCUACAAGCAAAGCCCAGUUACAUCUUCAGGAUGCUUUUCAACCCACACCUGCUUCGGUGACCUCAGGCAUUCACAUUGCUAUGUUUAGCUUCAGCCUGCUGGGCCUUGCUGAACGGCCGGGCCUUGCUGAACGGCCGGGCCCUGCCCCUCUCCGGCCCUGGCUGGGUAACAAGAGAACGAACACGGGGGUCCUCCAGUAAUGUGUAGGGGCCUAGAUCCCAGAGAUUGGGUCUGCCAAACUCAUGGUCCUGGGAGCUGCCCUCCCUGUCUGCUGCUUCCCUCUGGCCCCAUUCGGAGCUGACCAGAGCCACACUCUGUAACCGAUGCAGCAGCAAAGUUGAGCUUUUUGGCCCUGGGAAUGCGGCCCUUGCGUAACUGCUCCUUUCGGGAAGGGCCGUGAGCAGGAAGGAAGCACUCUUCCCCGCUGCGGCCCGGCUCGGCACUAGGGACCUGGACAUCGUGCUCGGGUGGCUUCUAGAGCCCUGGCUCUGGGUUUCCAUUGCCUUCCUGCUUUAGAAGCAGUGUGGCAGCUUAUGGUUUUGCUGAUGGGCUGGGUAUGGCUGGCUCCAGCACUUGCCUGCUCGCUGCUUGCAGUGUGUCCCGCUUGCGUUGGCCUGAGCUCUGCUCGCUCUGGGAAGCAGAUGGGGAAGGGGAACAGGAGCCUGGCAACAGGCCAGAAGGCUACUGGAAGGCAGGCUGGCAGUGGGAGCCCUCAAGCAGGGCAUGCAGCACAGAGAUCUGAGCGGUCAGCAGCGUUGGGCACCUGGUCAGAGGCCUCUCCCCACUUGGGACCUUGCGAGUGGGGGGGGGGGUCUCGAAGGAGGCAGAAAAUCAUUUAUUUCCUGAGGGUGUUUUGGCCCUUGGGUCUGGAUCCGAGCCCGGCCUGCCUGGGUCAGAGGCUGCUGGUGCUGGUUGUGGGGGCAGGAAGCAGCCCUGAGAGGGUGCCCUGUGGCCCCACAGACCGGGAGAUGGGGCAGGAAACAUACCUCAUCUUGCUCGUUAAUCCAUGAGCUAACGGGUCGGCUUGGUGCUCCUGUCCUUCCUGGCUGAGGGUCUGUUAGGUCAGAUGCAGCUGCCAAGGGGUUUUCUCCAAGGGGCUCUACUAGCACCAGCCCAUGCCAAACGGGCCCUUCUGCCACUGCAGCAUGCCGUGGAGGUGCCUGGAGCCAGCUCCCAGCCACAUCAGUGCAUGGCUGGCUGUGUACCCCCUCACCCAUCCUUGGCAUUGCAGUUGUCCCCCAGAUCCCCUCCACCCUGUUAGAGUUCCCACGUGGCUGUCCCAGCUCUGUCUGCAUCAGCAGCUGGGGCCUUAGCCUCCCCGGUACUAGCGCUGGCCUCUCACUGGGCCCUUGAGCAAGGCUCUGGCUCUGGUACCCCAGUGGCCUUGGGCAAUGCUACUACAUUCCCAUGGCUAGUGAGAGUUAACUUGCUUCUGCCCGUCCAGCUGAGGCUGGCAGCAGAGCCCCCUGGCUCGUGAAUGCUUCCCUGGUGCGCCAAGGCAGGCAGAGCCCCUGCAGAGGGGCAGAAGGGACCAGUCCCAUGUACUGGGGUGGGGGGUGCCCUGUCUGCCUUUUGGAGGUAGCACCAGGAAGGACAGGCCAAGUAACCUGCCUGCCAGCAUCUGCAGCACGCUCUCCAGGACCUAAGGAGUGCAGAACAGUUGAGGACCCUGCCUCCCCCACCCUUCCCCAGGGGUUCCCUGCAGAUUGCCAGGGUAGCCCCAAGCCGGGGGGUGGGGGGAGCAGAGCCCAGGGCACAUGUCAGUCCACACACAUGAAUAGACAGACUGCCGGGCCUGUGCCGCUUGCUGUGCAGGGAGCUGUGCCCCCUCCCCUGUGCGGAGCAGGCCAGAGGUGCUGCCCUGACCCCGGCCCCGCGUGGUCCCAGGCGCGUUCGGAUCCCAGCUCAUCCGGGAAGGAGAGCUGCCAGGAUUGCUGACUCACUCCGGCGCUCACAGCAAGCGCCUGGAGCCUGCUUCUUUUUGCUGGCUGCUCUGCUCCUUAAGUUGGGGUGGGGGGCAGAUCUAAGUUGUCUGCUCUCACACAGGCGUAACGGGCUGCUGUGGCUGGUGGGAGGGCUCCAGGGCCAGCCUCUGGUAUGUGGUGGGGCCCUAACUCUGCCCCAGCUGGCUGGUCUGCAGAAAGAGAUAAUCCCUCUGAAGCCUGUGAAGUACCAAACCUCCCCCUGCUAUGGCCCGGCCCUGGACAGUGUCCUCUGACCCCAGUCCUCCGUUUCCUCCCCCCGCCACUCUCCAGCACUGCUGACCGGCUUCUCUUGCAGGCCUGCUGAGCCACCCCGGCCCUGUUGUGCUCACAGCUGAGCCCCCACCCCCCCAAGAGCUGGUGUGCGCUGCCGAGGUCUCCGAGCAGCUGGGCCCCGGGCGCUACCACAGGCCAGGCCAUGACCAGCAGAGGUGCCGCCAGGCCCAACGGUCAGUCACAAGCCAGCAAGAUCUGUCAGUUUAAGCUGGUGCUGCUGGGUGAGUCGGCUGUGGGCAAGUCCAGCCUGGUGCUGCGCUUCGUCAAGGGGCAGUUCCACGAGUACCAGGAGAGCACCAUUGGGGCGGCGUUUCUCACACAGUCUGUCUGCCUGGAUGACACAACGGUUAAGUUUGAGAUCUGGGACACGGCCGGCCAAGAGCGGUACCACAGCCUGGCCCCCAUGUACUACCGGGGUGCCCAGGCAGCCAUCGUGGUCUAUGACAUUACCAACCAGGAGACGUUUGCACGAGCAAAGACAUGGGUGAAGGAGCUACAGCGGCAAGCCAGCCCCAACAUCGUGAUUGCCCUGGCAGGCAACAAAGCUGAUCUCGCCAAUAAGCGCAUGGUGGAAUAUGAGGAGGCACAGGCCUACGCAGAUGACAACAGUCUGUUGUUCAUGGAAACCUCGGCCAAGACGGCUAUGAAUGUUAACGACCUCUUCCUGGCAAUAGCAAAGAAGCUGCCAAAGAGCGAGCCCCAGAGCACGAGCGGUGCGGCAGGGCGGCCCCGGGGCGUGGACCUCCACGAGCAGAGCCAGCAGAACAAGAGCCAGUGUUGUAGCAACUGAGGGGGCGCGAGUGGCCGGCGCACGAGGAAGAGCGACGAUGUAACCUCCCCCUGCCCCCGCCCCCUGGCGCCUGCCCUCCGGCAGCUCCCGCUAACGGCACUUUUUACUGCUUUGACACCGCCAGGCGCCCGCCACCGCCACCUGCGGGAUGCGACCAACUGCCUGCCCGCUGGGGACAGCAGCUUCCCAACACAAACUCUUCUUCACUUUGUAUUAUAGGCGCCACUCGCUCCUGCAGCUGCUCGUCCCCCGCCCCGACCCCUCGCCUGGUAACGCCUGUCCUCGGUCUGCUAACAUCUCUCUUGCCCUCCCCUUUCCCACGCGGGGCAGGAGCUGAGUGAAAGGGGCAGCGGGGACCCUGCGGGCAGCUGGAUUGCUCCCGGUGGCGCAGCUUCAGGGGGUGUCUCCUUUUUUUUCUUUCUUUCCCCCUUCUUUCAUGGAUCCAUUGUUUUAAUUCCUCUCCUGUUCCCAUGUGCAGGGGGGAAGCUGCAGUGUCCUUAAUUUUUACCCAGGUGGCCUUUUUUUAUUUUUUCUGUCAAGGGUUGGAAGUGAUUUUGGGGAAUGGGGGUGAUGAGCAUCUGGCCCCUGCUAGCCUGGGGCCUAGGACCCCCUCCCCCAUCACCCUGUGCAUGCCUAGAACCCCCAAAUGCACUUCCACAACCAGGCAGUUGUUCUGUUGCUUUCCCCUUCCCUGUAACCCGGCCUCACCUAGGCCAGGCCCACGUGCCUCAUGUCUCUCUGCUGGGGCCCAGUGCUGUCUGGCAGACCCACCUGGGCAUGGGUGUUUUGAGGUGGGGGUGUCAUUGGGGGUGACCCCUCCCUUGUACUCUCCCUCCGGCCUCCACAGUUGCCCAGGGCCCUUUCCACUUGCACUUUAGUCACAGACGUCCACACGGGCUGCACCUUGGGUCAAGGUCAGGUCAUGCGCGCGGGUGUUCGCGGGGAAGGGGCCGUUGCCCAACUUCCACCGCCUUCUUUGGAGGAUCUUCUCAAAGGCUUUGUGCUUCAUGGAGCAGAGGGGCUAGGCACCUUCAGUCCCCUGGGACAGGGUGAGGGUGGGGGGAAUGAACCAAGCCUAAGUAGGUGGAGACGGGAGCCUCAUGCCUCCCUGAGCAGAGCUGGGGUGUGGGGAAUUGGCCUGGCAAGGGUGGGGAACCCGGGGGCCUGGGAAGGGCCAGACUGGGAAUCCUGCUCCAUGCGGGAAGAAACUUGGGCUGGAGAUGGUUUUUUCCAGGCCCCUGGCAGGGGAUGGGGGUGGCCUGGAGGCCCUGGCAAGCUCCACCCCACAGGCUCCUGGCACCAGCACAACAGGGGGGGCGCUGCCACAGCGUGGGGUGAGCAUCCCUUCUCCCCAAGCCCUCACGCAUAGCUGUUAUGGGCAUCACAGCCUCAGUUACACAGCACCUCUCGGCAGAGGCUUUGGGUCACAAGCCCUGUCUCCGCUGCCCACGGUGCUGGGCUGUGGGUGUCUGCAGGCAUUUUACCCUCGCCUCUGCCGGCUGUCCACGGUGCGGCCGAGCCCACGUGGAUUGCACGUGCCUCUGCCAACCUUUCCCGGGCAGGACCCUGGUCCCACCAGGCCUCUGUCAACCCCGUUCUUGCUGCAGUGACCCACCGCUAGCCUCUGCCUCUAGCCCCCCUGCAUCCACCCCCUUCGCUGGGGUGGGGAAUACCGUCUACACCCUCCUCCACUUCCCAGGCAGCGUUGGCUCUAGGGGCACGGCAGGAUCAGGCCCCCACCCUCCCUUACAGGCUGGUCUCUUUCUGGCUCAAAGCCUGGACCAAAUUGGGACACUGCAGCUUGAAAGCUUUUUUUUUUUUUUUUCCUCCCCCCCCCCCCCCCCCCCCCCCCUUCCUGGCUCUUUCCUUUGAUCGGUUUUGGGUUUUUUUUUUCUUUUGGUUCUUUUUGCUUUUUGAGAGAGCUCCUCCAUCGCCCUGAAAUAACAAUCAUGGUAACACCCCACUGCUGACUGACCCAUGUAUUUAAUGUAAGUAAACCAGAAACCAGUGUAUUCGA